AUGGACCCAGCGGGCGUAGCUACUUCGCUGCUGGUUUUGCUGGCAGCAAAUAACUCCUCGAUACUCGACUGUGUCUGUAACCACGUCGCCAACGUCACCGACGAAAUGAGUUACGGCGAUGGACUGAUGUGGGAGACGUACUGCCAAGACCUCGAAUUCCAGGCCGAGAUACCGGUCUUCCUGGAGCACCUCUCUGACUACUGGCGGGACUCGGCGCAGCUGCUCUCACUGGGUGUGAAACAUUUCUCUCAGCUGCUCGUCCCCCUCGCUUUCGAGCACAUGGGUAUCCGUUCAAAUGAUCUGCAACGCCAUGGAUGGAUUAAGAGCAUGAAACAUCUGAGAGACAUGCUGCACACGAAAUUAAGCGGCUGGGUUCAUGAUGUGCAAUCCGUCAGCGAGCAGAUGGCGUACUACAAAGUGGAAGAACACAAGAACAGGCCUGGGACUUAUAUACUUAGGUAA